AUGAUGCAAGUAAGGAUUGUAAUAGUGGAGGAAUCUAAGAGAAAUAAUACACCUCUUACCGGGAAAUCUUAAUGUUUCUGUGGAAAUAAUUGAGACCCUUAAAAUCGAAUAGGAAUUAGAGUACAUAGAUGACAAAAUAUAUUUUCAAUUUUUAAACCUCAGUGAGGUUAUGGCUUUUACGGCUAUUGGUUAAAAUUUUGGCCACUUAACGGUUAACCCCAUUGAGACUCUUUUUCGAGCCCGACUCCCGACGGAAAUUGAUUGAAAAAAGGAAACAUAAUAAAAUCAAAUUUCCGCAUUGCUGUGUUUACUUGAUUCUUUUUUUAUUUUUUUUGUAGGGCCUUAUUAGACAGUGCAGCAAGUUCACAGUAACUUGUCCAAACAGCUGUGGUCGUUCAAUUCCAAGGGAUAUGGUGAGACUUGCAGCUUUAUCUCUGAUAUACAGUCUGGCCCUGUUUGCUCGAAGGUUGGAUAGCGCCAUCCACUGUAUAAAACUAUAUCCGGCGGAUAACGGCAUACGUUUUGCUAUUAAUUAUCCGCUGGAUAACGAUUUAUUCGUUUGAUACCGUUAUCCGCCCUCCAUACGACUGGGCCCUGAAGUUUGCAGCGAAUCUUUUGCUACUAGAUGCAGCAUUGAUAUAUGAUAGUUUUCUUUUAAACAUCAAAUUACAUCUUUUUACUUGAAAAUUUCCUAAGAUAAUGCAAAACAUACAAAAUUAUGAAUCGUAAAAACAUUUCCGACGGACAUACAGGCGGAUGCCUCACAGCUAUAAAAAUUUCUGACUAAUGGUUCUUACUGAUGCUUGAUCAAAAUUUUCUUUAAUUAGAUUCAUAAUCACAGGCACACAAUAUUGAAGAGAGAAAAAUGUCAAACAGCUCCUUUUUUGCUUUAUUUGAAGCCUCUCAUGUUAUUUCCCCGUUACAUCUCAUUCUCGAUGAAAAACAACAAACAAUCUUUGCAGGUCGCGUUCAUUCUUUUUUUCAGCCUGUUCUAGGCUCUCAGUCAUUGAAAAACGCAAAACGGUGAAGGAGAGCUACAUAAAAUUGUUAUGAGAACCUCACUGUGGUGUUCCAGCGACAGUAAUCGGCGAUCAUCGGUUGAUUUUGAAUUUCUUUAUCAACACUUGCAUCUACGUCAAUCACUCGACUUCAUACGAUGGAUUCCAAACGAUGCCACAGUUUUAUUCAUUAUAUUCGAUUCCCACUCGAAAAAGGCAGAUAAGCGAAAAGUGGCAUCUGCAGAAAAAAGGCUGUAGAACUUAACAUGACGCUCAAGUUUAUUCCCGCCACUCCUUCAGCACUCUUUUCCACUGACAGAUUUUGGUGUGUGCCAUUCCUCUUUAUUUUAGUCCUUUAUUUCAUGUGAUGCAGGUUUCGAAUCACACUAAAGAUGAGUGUCCGCUGACCAUAAUUUCCUGUCCACAUGCAGGAAUGGGUUGUACUUCAAAGGUGAGAAAUUAA